UACUCUUUAUACUAGACAGGCCACGAAAAUAAUGCCUCCGACUCCAAAGCAAAACCCCCCUGAUCCACACAACACUACAACAACUUACAACGCCCUUCCCCCUAACCACACACAUAACCUCCUACAAGAGCACACCACUUCACCCACCCCAACCCCAUCAUUCAUCACGAAAAUAAGCUCAGCAUCAUCUCCACCAAAGAAGCGAAGCCUCUCUACCAUCACCGACUCCUCCACCAACGACGAUGAACCCUUAAACCCCCCAAAACGACUCAAAACAACAAGCGAGAGCCAUAGUCUAGUAACUCCAGAUGGGUCAUUAAUCUAUGCCUCCAGUAUCGCCCGGUACAUGGCUUCGCGGCCACUCACUGGAUUCAGGAGAACAGCAGCGCAAGCGGUAGGACAACGAAAACGAAAACGCAAUACCUCUUCUAGAACUGCGGAAUCGUGGGCGAUGGGAUCGCACAUGCAGACUCCCCGACGCUCGAGAGGUGACACUGAUGUAGUGCCUGAUAUACCAGUUUCUAGCACGGGUUCUGCAGGAUCGCUAGAUGGAGAUUUACUACGAUCUCCUUACAUAACACUAUCGCCCGGCUCAUCUACUCAUCCCAAAUUCCCUGAAUCUUCGUCGGGCAUGAAGACUGAAGACCAAACGCCGAAUACGAUAGCAAAGCUACCAAACACCGAAAACAACAACCAAAUACCUUCAACUCCCCUUCUAUCCUCCUCUUUGGCCACCGAAUUCCAAAUCCCUGCUCUUUCAGUCGAUCAGCCUCGCCCUCACGCUCACAGUUCACCUUGCGGUUCCUUGGAUGAACACAAUAUCCCCUCCCGCAUAAACACUCCAUCACCACUACCCGUCGCCAUCAACCUAAUACAGCCCCAACGCCUACAAUAUCUAAUAAACUGCUUCAAGAGUUUAACACGUCUUCUUCUUCAUUAUUCCCAAUUCCAGCACCACCGCAUUUCUCAGAACCAAGAAAAAGAUGGUAUACUGCAUAAGAUCAAACAGUUAUCACGUCUGACCACGCGCUUGAUGGCUGAGUGGAUGGGGAGAGAAUCGUCAACACCACAUCGACAUCACCGCUAUCUUCAUCAUCGCGGGGAUCUGGGAUUCGUCGAGGGAGGAAAAGAGGGCGUACUCGAGGAUGGGGAUGUGGGAUUGGGUACAACUGAAGAAGAUAUAACUGGGGAAGAAGAGGCAGAGCUGUUUUAG